GGCCGAACAGGCAGCUGCACAUUCAGAGAGAUACAUACAUUCACACAUAGACGACCAAGGUAGCUCUCGUCGAAGUAGAGGAGGCCGCCGGAGUUAACUCGAGCAGUUUGAUAUGGCGAUCAGGAACGUGACGGCGGCGACGCGGUCGCUGGACGGGGACAUGACGGUGGACGAGUUCAAGGAGUGGCUCCGGCGGUUCGACGUGGACCGCGACGGCCGCAUCAGCCGCGACGAGCUGCGGUGCGCGAUGCGCACCAUCCGGACGCGCUUCUCGGGGUACAAGAGUAAGCGUGGCAUCGAGUACGCCGACACCGACGGCGACGGUUACGUCGACGACGGCGAGGUGGACGGCCUCAUCGAGUACGCGCAGAGGAGCCUCGGGCUCAGGAUCGUCGCCUACUAGAGAGGAGUCAAGCUAGGUCUAUUAAGGGAAGCUAGCUCCAUAUCUAUCCAUGCAUGUUACCUGCUAGAAUAAGCUUUGAUCAAUCGCCUGUACCUUCGCUUUCUUGUGUACUUAUUGGCUAAUCUGUGCCGACGUGUGUGUUUGUGAUCUAUCAUGAUGUAUUUGCAGCGUGUGGCGCAGGCGGCCGGCAGGUUCGCCUUUGCCUACCAGGUUGCCGUCGAUGUUAAUUUGCCCUCUUUGAGAGAAACUAAAAGUGUGUUCUUGAUUGUAA